AUUAAAUGGGUGGAGUUUCGACCUGGAAGUAAACAGUACACUUUAAGCUGAUCGAUUUGAAACUCAUGCUGACUCAGAGAUAUUAGAAAAUGUUUAACCUAACAUUUGCUUAUCCGUAGCGUAACAGUCACGCAAGCACAUCACUGAAACCACUGUUUAGACACUCAGCGACAAACUUCAGUGUCCCGCAGCAGCUGGUCGUGUCUGCACGUCACUCAGCACGCGCUUGCCACUGUCAUAUUCACCAGCAGCGCUUUGUAAAGACUGAAAGGACAUGAACAACGAAAAUUUCAUCCUGAGCGAAAAAUUGGUCUCGUCCUCAUAUGUGCGACAGGGUCUGCAGGCUCGUCGCGGUCAUGAACAGCUCAUCCGAGUCCUUUUACAGCAGGGCAAAUGUCCAGAGGAGGGAUGGAGUGAAAGCACCAUAGAGCUCUUUCUAAAUGAGCUGGCCGUCAUGGACAGCAACAACUUCUUAGGGAACUGUGGUGUGGGAGAGAGAGAGGGCAGAGUCGCCUCCAGCCUGGUGGCCAGGAGACAUUACAGACUGAUCCAUGGAAUCGGCCGAUCGGGUGACAUUGCUGCUGUUCAGCCUAAGGCUGCUGGUUCCAGCCUCUUGAAUAAAAUCACUAAUUCAGUAGUUCUGGAUGUGCUGAAGUUUACAGGUGUUAGGAGUGUGUCCUCGUGCUUUGUGGUCCCCAUGGCGACAGGAAUGAGUCUCACGUUGUGUUUCCUCACCCUGAGACACAGGAGGCCAGGAGCGCGAUACAUCCUCUGGCCUCGCAUUGACCAGAAGUCCUGUUUCAAAUCCAUGGUGACUGCUGGGUUUGAACCUGUGGUGAUAGAGAAUGUCUUGGAAGGAGAUGAGCUGAGAACAAACAUGGAGGAAGUGGAGAGGAAGAUUGAGGAGUUGGGUGCUAAAAACAUCCUCUGUGUCCAUUCCACAACAUCCUGUUUUGCGCCACGUGUCCCUGACAGGCUAGAGGAACUUGCUGUUCUGUGUGCCAAACACGAUAUUCCUCACAUAGUCAAUAAUGCCUAUGGAAUGCAAUCAUCCAAAUGUAUGCACCUUAUUCAGCAGGGGGCUCGUGUUGGGAGAAUCGAUGCCUUUGUCCAAAGUCUUGAUAAAAACUUCAUGGUCCCAGUUGGUGGUGCCAUCGUCGCAGGGUUUGAUGAGAGCUUCAUUAAGGAGAUCAGUAAGAUGUACCCUGGUCGAGCUUCUGCUUCCCCGUCUUUAGACGUCCUCAUUACGCUGCUCACACUGGGGGCCAGCGGCUACAAGAAACUUCUGUCUGAGAGAAAGGAGCUGUACAGCCACCUGGCACAGGAGCUGAAAGCUCUAGCUGAGAGCCACGGGGAGAGACUGCUGCAUACGCCACACAAUCCAAUAUCACUGGCUAUGUCACUGAACCGUCUCCAGACGCACAGUAACGCAGCAGUCACUCAGCUGGGCUCCAUGCUCUUCACCAGACAGGUGUCUGGGGCCAGGGUGGUCCCACUGGGUGUGGAACAGACCGUGAGCGGACACACGUUCAAUGGCUUCAUGUCACACACGGAUUCCUAUCCGUGCCCGUACCUUAAUGCAGCCUCCGCUAUUGGAAUAACCAAAGAAGAUAUAACAUUGUGCAUCAAGAGACUCGAAAAAUGCCUCAAGAGCCUUAGGAAAGAAGCCUCUGCAGAGAAGAGCGAGUCAGUAUCUCCUGCUGAAGAUUUGAAAGACCAAACCGUCCCUUAAUGCUCCGGUUGUUUACAUAGGAUUCAUUUUUUCAUAACUUGAUAUUGUGGCAAUAGCCUUGUGUGUGAAUGUUGAUAUAUCACCGUAUGGCCACACAUGCAUCUGUUUGUUUCCUCUGUGUGUUUAGACUUGUGUUUGAAAGCUGUGUAUCCUGACUGACAAUAAAUACAGAUUAUUUCAUAAUUUUAAA